AUAAUUGGUAGAGAUGGCUAGUCGACCAGGUGAGAGCCACUUUGUAUUCUGUACCCACCUGUGGUUAUUAUUUGCUUGAUUAUGUUUAAGCGCUUCUUGAUUCAGUUAAUUCAACGAGAGGAGGUUUUAAUGGAAAUGGUCUACGAUGAUGGGAGGGUACAGAGGGUAUAGAGGAAUAGGGAAAAACAGCAGUCCAUCCAUUGUUACCCAUAUAAAGAUUAUUGUGCGUUCUGACGCAAAGGCAGUUGAAGCCUUACCACGCGGGAGUGAACACUCCUUCCACCUUAUUCGACAGAAAAAUAGUGCGUCCACAAAUACGCGAGGCGACGAGAUGAACAAGGUUCGGGUGUUGGGAUUAAUGUGCGUGCUUGUCAUUGUCACUACGGUACGGUGCCAACUUCUUCCGACUUUUGGAAUACCUAAGUUCCCCUCUGAUGGAUACAACUUCAAUAAAAACGAUCUUGAAGAUGGCAGACUGCUACUGACCCCAUACAUUGAAGCUGGCCUGCAGUCGACUGCCAGGAAAUUGGCCAAAGUCGACAGGAGCUUAUUUCUCAACACGACAAGUUAUGCUGGCUAUCUGACAGUUGAUGAGGAACGAGAUUCGAAUUUAUUCUUCUGGUUCUUCCCAGCCGAAGGGUCACAACGAUUAUUGCUUUCGAGUGGCGAGAAUGACCUCGACGAUGAAGCGGAUGCGGGCGAGACAGAGGACACUGACUUCGAUCAUGAAUAUUUGAAGAAGCUAUCGGCUAAUGAGACCACCAACUAUGGAGCCGAUGGUAAACCUGUUGUUCUGUGGCUGCAGGGCGGCCCAGGAGUAUCAUCAUUAAUGGCAUUAUUCACAGAGAAUGGACCUUUCUUUUUGGAUGGCACGAAGUUAAGAGAUAAUCCCUAUUCGUGGCACAAGAAAUAUCAUAUGCUUUAUAUUGAUAAUCCAGUCGGGACGGGAUUUAGUUUCACAAGUUCGGAUGGAUAUUGUGAAACUAUAACUGGAGUGGCUCGUCAUUUAUACACUGGUUUGGUGCAGUUUUUUAAAUUGUUUCCAUCACUGCAGACAAAUAGCUUUUAUAUUACCGGUGAAUCAUUUGCUGGGAAAUAUAUUCCAGCGAUAGCGGAUGUAAUUUACGAGCAGAAUGGAAUACCACAGAAUUAUUUGAAGAUAAACCUUAAGGGACUUGCACUUGGAAAUGCACUUUCAGAUCCGUACAACAUGGUGGACUACUCAGACUUUGCGUAUCAAUUGGGUUUGAUAGGUAGAAAAGGUUACCAGGAAAUGAAACUUACAGAGAGUCUUAUUCGAGCUUAUAUUGAUCAACCAAAAUUGGCUAAGGCUUAUUGGGACUCGACCUUGCAUCUAUUCACUGUUCAUAGCAACUAUAGUAAUAUGUACAACAUUCAGGAACCUGAAUCAAUGGACCUGUUCCCUUAUAAACCCUUUAUUGAUCAGCCCCAUAUUCGUGAGGCUCUACAUGUCGGUGGUCAUCCAUUUUCUGGACCAAAUACAGUCUACACCCACCUCAUCAAUGAUUUUAUGACAACAGCAAUGCACUGGACCGAACGACUUCUAGAUGCUGGACUUCGCAUUAUGUACUACAAUGGCAAUUGGGACUUUAUUGUUGCAUAUCCUUUGUCAGAAAACGCCUUCCACAAAAUGCAAUGGAGCGGUGCGGAAGAUUACAAAUCAGCAACACGUCGACCUUUUAAGGUGAAUGGAAAGCUUCAUGGUUAUGUUACUAAGGCGCGAAACUUCUAUGAGGUUUCAAUAAUAAGUGCAGGACACAUGGUGCCAACAGAUCAACCAAUCGCAUGUUUGACGUUGAUUGAUAGAUUUUUUACAAACAAGUUGUAGGGAAGAUGAAUGGAAUAAAAAAUGAGAGUUACAACCGA